AAAAAUAAAAAUAGGAAAAAAAAAACCGGAAGGUCCAGUUUGGACAUUUUGGAAUCAAAGGAAAUUUUAAAGAAGUUUGGUAUUUUUAUUAUUAUUUUUUUUUUUUUCUCAUUUUUAUUUCAUUUUUCAUUUUGGUAAUAUCUUCAUUUGGUUCUUUAUUUUUUGUGUACUUUUGAUUACGACUGGCAUAUCAUACUUGAUUUCUGGACAAAUUGUUUACUAUUUCUUCAUAGCGUUUUAUCAUAAUGGACGAAUUGAGGAAAAAGUCGGUCAACUCUUCUUCAAUCGCCAAGAUAAAACCCUUUUUUCCUGGUCGUUUACAAAAAUCGCUUGAUGAGACUAGUAGACUUCUGAAGUAUAAACGACCAGAAGAAUCGAGGCUAGCUAUUUUGGAACAGGUUUCAAAGAAAAUGGAUUUGAAGUCCUGGCCAAAUUUGGACAAAUUCAAAUUUGUUGCCAACAAUACCACUUCCGACUAUCCCCAUUUACACUCAAAAUUGGUCAAUGUUGAACAAGUUGAAAAUGAAACGACAGGAGAAGGCGCUCGCGAAAAUCGCAAGAGAAGUCGUGUUAAUCUUUAUCCAAGCGAUGCCGAGGAAAGUCCUACUUCGAGGGAAAACAAGAUACCUAAUCCUCCUUUUAAAAAGCUAACUAUGCGGGAAAAGUAUUCCGGACGAGAUGUUCUGAAGGCUGCCGCUGCAUCUUCACUGUUCACUGAGUCUCCUCGGCGUCCACGUUCCUCUGCUCAAAAUUCAGAUACAGACAAUGAUGAAGACGAUGAGGCUUUUCGAAUGCACGAGGAUAUUGAAGACAAAUGGGCAACCAAAAUCAAUCGGGAGGCCCUUGAGCAAGAAGUAUUUUCUUACUUGAAUACCUGCUCGUCAAAGGAUCUAGUGGACAUGACUUCCUUCACCGUGUCUGAGGUUGAAUUACUACUUAGCAAACGUCCAUUUGAAUCAUUAGAAGCAAUCGGCGGAAUAAAAAUGCCAAGUGUACAACCGCGACGGGGACGCAGAGGCCCUCGCGAACGGUUUACUCUAGGACAAAGGGUGGUAAACACAUGCACAGACUUAAUGCGAGGUUACUUUGUUGUCGACGAGCUCAUUCGUCAAUGCGAGGUACUUGGUGAUAGAAUCAAGCAAAGAGUUUCGUCUUGGGGGUUUGAUGAGUCUUCGCUCUUGACGGGUGAGCUUCAGCUUUCCACGGAAGACUUGCAAAAAUCAUCAAAGACGUUCGUUUCGGAAGCACCAAAAACGUUUUCACCAGAACUGCACUUACAAAACUACCAAGUUGUCGGUAUGAACUGGCUUUUCGCUUUGUAUCAAGAAGGCCUUUCUGGUAUAUUGGCUGACGAGAUGGGUCUCGGAAAAACAUGUCAAACAAUAGCAUUUUUGGGUUUACUCAAGGAAAUGAAGAUGAGCGGACCGCAUUUAGUCAUUGCACCCUCUUCUACCAUUGAAAAUUGGCUUCGAGAAAUUAAUCGUUUCUGUCCUACCUUAAAAACAGAGCUUUACUAUGGUAGUCAGGCAGAGCGAGCAGAUUUGCGCGAUAAAAUCGACGCAGGUGAAACGGGCUUUGACAUAUUACUCACUACGUAUCAGCUUGCUGCUAACAGUGCAGAUGAUAGAAAGUUUUUACGAAGCUUACGAUUCAACGUUUGUGUCUACGACGAGGGUCAUUACCUGAAAAACAGAAUGUCUGGUAGAUACAAACACUUGAUGAGUAUUCCAGCAAACUUUCGUCUUCUGUUGACUGGAACACCGCUUCAGAAUAAUCUGAAAGAACUUAUCUCGCUGUUGGCCUUCAUCUUACCAAAUGUAUUUGACAUGGGUCUAAAUAGUUUGGACAUUAUUUUCACGCUCAAGAAAACCGCAGAUGCAGACUUGGAGAGGACCAUGCUCUCCCAAGUCCGUAUUUCUCGGGCAAAGUCAAUGAUGCAACCUUUUGUUUUGCGCCGAAGAAAGGCUCAAGUUUUGAGUACAUUACCCCAAAAGAUUCGCCAACUCGAACUUUGUGACUUUUCCGACAAAGAGCGGCUUGUUUACAGCAAAAAUUUUCCGGAAAAGGAUGUUGAUAGCCUUUUAGAAUCCGCUAUUACAAAGGAAACAACUAGAGAGUCUUCGUCGCUUGCGACACAUUCACCUGGAUUUCUGCUUAUGCAGCUUCGAAAAAUAUCAAACCAUUUCCUCUUGGUACGAAACCAUUAUACGGAUGAGUUACUUAAAACAAUGGCUUCCGAAAUUAUGAAAGAGAAAACAUAUGCUGAUGCGAAUGAGCAGUACAUUUUUGAAGAUAUGCAGGUUAUGACAGAUAUUGAGCUGCAUCUUCUGUGCUCCCAGUACUCUUCAUUAAAUCGGUUUAUGCUCGCUGGUGAACCGUGGAUGGAAGCAACAAAAGUUAAAAGAGCCGUGGAAGUCAUGAAAAAAUCAUUUGAACAAGGAAACCCGUGUCUUACUGUUUAGCCAGUUUACACAAAUGCUAGACAUCUUGGAGCUCGUGUUAAAGAACCUUAAGGUCGAGUUUCUGCGUAUAGACGGAUCAACACAGGUUGAUUCUCGGCAGGAUUUAAUUGAUCAGUUUUAUGAAAACGAGAAUUACAAGGUGUUCUUGCUUUCAACAAAGGCAGGUGGUUUUGGCAUUAAUCUUGCCUGUGCAAACGUCGUCAUACUGUACGACGUUUCAUACAAUCCCUUUGAUGAUCUUCAGGCAGAAGACAGGGCUCAUCGGGUUGGUCAGAAAAAAGAUGUUUAUGUACAUCGUUUGGUUGUUAAGGAUACAGUUGAGGAAAACAUUCUGAAACUUGCGAAUACGAAGGUCGCCCUUGAUGAAACAAUAUCUGGUGCUGUUCAUUGAAAAGAAGCGGAUACAACUUAUCGCUGGCGAUAAGUCCAGAAGGCAUGGCGUUUAUCAUUCGUUUACUGAAACAUAGAGAUUAGUGUAUUUUUGUUAACAAGUUUUUGGUACAGUAAGC